AUGGCAAAUAUGUAUGUCACUGCAUCUGAUGGGUACUGUCUUGCUGAACCCGCACAACAUUUCGAUAUUUUGCCAGAACAAAUCCACUACCAGCUGUGUGACACCGAUUUCCAAGACCCACCCUAUUGUCCGUAUUCUCCCGCUCAGUUCCCUCCAGCUCUACAGUCCCCAUCUUUACAAAGCCAUUUCAGCACAUAUGGCUUGGAUCCACACUACGGUGGUGGCGGCUGGAGUGGACUUGAUGCUCGUGAAUCGAGUCAGUCCACUUACAUUGUUCACAAUGAGGAGGAUGGAUUCCCUGGGAUACAAAGGUCCAGACCAACUUGUUCUUUCCGCUGGAAGGGGCAAGAUGAACUCUGCGUGGUCUGCGGUGAUAAGGCGUCUGGAUAUCACUACAACGCACUUACUUGUGAAGGCUGCAAAGGUUUUUUCCGCCGUAGCAUCACCAAAAAUGCAGUCUACAGUUGCAAGAAUGGCGGCCACUGUGAAAUGGAUAUGUACAUGCGUAGAAAAUGCCAAGAGUGCAGACUGAAAAAGUGCAAGGCAGUGGGGAUGUUGGCAGAAUGUUUGCUCACAGAGAUCCAGUGUAAGUCAAAGAGGCUUCGCAAGAACUUCAAGCAGAAGAUUGCCCUUUACUCGGACGUCCAAGGGGAAGAUGACAGAGCAGACAGCAAGCUUGUAUCAUCCACCACCAGAUCUGGAAAAGGGGUUCAGGAAAGCAUGUCACUGACUCAAGAGGAACAUCAUCUUAUGACUACCAUAGUUACUGCUCACCAACAAUUCACGGUCCCUGUAGGGGAAACAAGUAUGCUCCUGCAGGAGUAUUCCAACCCUGAACUAAGUUUUCUGAGACUCUCCGAGGCAGCAGUCCUACACAUACAUAUGCUGGUAAAUUUUACCAAGGAACUCCCAGGAUUUGAAAAUUUAACCAGUGAGGAUCAGAGUGCAUUACAGAAAGAGUCGAAGACUGAAGUGAUGUUCCUUCACGCAGCCCAGCUUUACAGCGGGAAAGAAUCAACCUCUGGAAGUACUAUGAGACCAUCAAAGCGCUCAGCUGGUACAUGGAAAGCACAUAAUCAGAGCAGUGAUGAAAAUGUUUAUUCUUUGGAAAACCUUUUCGAGGAAGGCGGUCCUUCUGCUACUCUAACUGGUAUUACUAAAGAAUUCAUUGCGUCCCUCUCCUACUUCUACAGAAGAAUGAGAGAACUUAAUGUAACAGAUACUGAAUACGCUCUGCUUACAGCGAUAACAGUGCUUUUCUCAGAUCGUCCAUGUCUUAAAAAUAAGCAGCAUGUAGAAAAUUUACAAGAAUCAGUUCUCCAGCUUUUGUUUAAGUAUUCGAAACUGUACCAUCGGGAAGAGCCCCAGCAUUUCGCCCGCCUCAUAGGGCGGCUUACUGAACUAAGAACUCUGAGUCACAGGCAUUCGGAAGUCCUCAGCGCCUGGGAAACAAAGGACCCCAGACUGCUUGUGUUACUCUCUGAGAAAUGGAAUUUGCAUUCAUUUUACUGA